AUGGGAGCAACUCACCUGGCUGGUGGGGGUGCUGGGAGCAACUCGCCUGGCUGGUGGCAGUGCUGGGAGCAACUCGCCUGGCUGGUGGGGAUGCUAGGAGCAACUCACCUGGCUGGUGGGGGUGCUAGGAGCAACUCACCUGGCUGGUGGGGGUGCUGGGAGCAACUCGCCUGGCUGGUGGGGGUGCUGGGAGCAACUCGCCUGGCUGGUGGGGGUGCUGGGAGCAACUCGCCUGGCUGGUGGGGGUGCUGGGAGCAACUCGCCAGGCUGGUGGGGGUGCUGGGAGGAACUCGCCUGGCUGGUGGGGGUGCUGGGAGCAACUCGCCUGGCUGGUGGGGGUGCUGGGAGCAACUCGCCUGGCUGGUGGGGGUGCUGGGAGCAACUCGCCUGGCUGGUGGGGGUGCUGGGAGCAACUCACCUGGCUGGUGGGGGUGCUGGGAGAAACUCAACUGGCUGGUGGGGAUGCUGGGAGCAACUCAACUGGCUCGUGGGGGUGCUGGGAGCAACUCGCCUGGCUGGGGUGCUGGGAGCAACUCACCUGGCUGGUGGGGGUGCUGGGAGCAACUCACCUGGCUGGUGGGGGUGCUGGGAGCAACUCGCCUGGCUGGUCUGGGUGCUGGGAGCAACUCGCCUGGCUGGUGGGGGUGCUGGGAGCAACUCGCGUGGCUAGUGGGGGUGCUGGGAGCAACUCGCCUGGCUGGUGGGGGUGAUGGGAGCAACUCACCUGGCUGGUGGGGGUGCUGGGAGCAACUCGCCUGGCUGGUGGCAGUGCUGGGAGCAACUCGCCUGGCUGGUGGGGAUGCUAGGAGCAACUCACCUGGCUGGUGGGGGUGCUGGGAGCAACUCACCUGGCUGGUGGGGGUGCUGGGAGCAACUCGCCUGGCUGGUGGGGGUGCUGGGAGCAACUCGCCUGGCUGGUGGGGGUGCUGGGAGCAACUCGCCUGGCUGGUGGGGGUGCUGGGAGCAACUCGCCAGGCUGGUGGGGGUGCUGGGAGGAACUCGCCUGGCUGGUGGGGGUGCUGGGAGCAACUCGCCUGGCUGGUGGGGGUGCUGGGAGCAACUCGCCUGGCUGGUGGGGGUGCUGGGAGCAACUCGCCUGGCUGGUGGGGGUGCUGGGAGCAACUCACCUGGCUGGUGGGGGUGCUGGGAGCAACUCGCCUGGCUGGCGGGGGUGCUGGGAGCAACUCGCCUGGCUGGAACUCGCCUGGCUGGUGGGGGUGCUGGGAGCAACUCGCCUGGCUGGUGGGGGUGCUGGGAGCAACUCGCCUGGCUGGUGGGGGUGCUGGGAGCAACUCGCCUGGCUGGUGGGGGUGCUGGGAGCAACUCGCCAGGCUGGUGGGGGUGCUGGGAGGAACUCGCCUAGCUGGUGGGGGUGCUGGGAGCAACUCGCCUGGCUGGUGGGGGUGCUGGGAGCAACUGGCCUGGCUGGUGGGGGUGCUGGGAGCAACUCGCCUGGCUGGUGGGGGUGCUGGAAGCAACUCGCCUGUCUGGUGGGGGUGCUGGGAGCAACUCGCCUGGCUGGUGGGGGUGCUGGGAGCAACUCGCCUGGCUGGUGGGGGUGCUGGGAGCAACUGGCCUGGCUGGUGGGGGUGCCGGGAGCAACUCUCCUGGCUGGUGGGGGUGUUGGGAGCAACUCACCUGGCUGGUGGGGGUGCUGGGAGCAACUCACCUGGCUGGUGGGGGUGCUGGGAGCAACUCACCUGGCUGGUGGGGGUGUUGGGAGCAACUCACCUGGCUGGUGGGGGUGCUGGGAGCAACUCACCUGGCUGGUGGGGGUGCAAGGAGCAACUCACCCAGCUGGUGGGGGUGUUGGGAGCAACUCACCUGGCUAGUGGGGGUGCUGGGAGCAACUCACCUGGCUGGUGGGGGUGCAAGGAGCAACUCACCUGGCUGGUGGGGUUGUUGGGAGCAACUUACCUGGCUAGUGGGGGUGCUGGGAGCAACUCACCUGGCUGGUGGGGAUGCUGGGAGCAACUCACCUUGCUGGUGGGGGUGCUGGGAGCAACUCACCUGGCUGGUGGGGGUGCUGCGAGCAACUCACCUGGCUGGUGGGGGUGCUGGGAGCAACUCACCUGGCUGGUGGGGGUGCUGGGAGCAACUCACCUGGCUGGUGGGGGUGCUGGGAGCAACUCACCUGGCUGGUGGGGGUGCUGGGAGCAACUCAACUGGCUAGUGGGGGUGCUGGGAGCAACUCAACUGGCUCGUGGGGUUACUAGGAGCAACUCGCCUGGCUGGUGGGGGUGCUGGGAGCAACUCGCCUGGCUGGUGGGGGUGCUGGGAGCAACUCGCCUGGCUGGUGGGGGUGCUGGGAGCAACUCACCUGGCUGGUGGGGGUGCUGGGAGCAACUCACCUGGCUGGUGGGGGUGCUGGGAGCAACUCACCUGGCUGGUUGGGGUGCCGGGAGCAACUCGCCUGGCUGGUGGGGGUGCUGGGAGCAACUCACCUGGCUGGUGGGGGUGCUGGGAGCAACUCACCUGGCUGGUGGGGGUGCUAGGAGCAACUCAACUGGCUGGUGGGGGUGCUGGGAGCAACUCGCCUGGCUGGUGGGGGUGCUGGGAGUGGUGGGGGUGCUGGGAGCAACUCACUUGGUUGAUGGGGGUGCUGGGAGCAACUCACCUGGCUGGUGGGGGUGCUGGGAGCAACUCAACUGGCUGGCUAGGGUGCUGGAAGCAACUCAACUGGCUGAGCAACUCACCUGGCUGGUGGGGGUGCUGGGAGCAACUCACCUGGCUGGUGGGGUGCUGGGAGCAACUCACCUGGCUGGUGGGGUGCUGGGAGCAACUCACCUGGCUGGUGGCGGUGCUGGGAGCAACUCACCUGGCCGGUGGGGGUGCUGGGAGCAACUCACCUUGCCGGUGGGGAUGCUAGGAGCAACUCACCUGGCUGGUGGGGGUGCUGGGAGCAACUCACCUGGCUGGUGGGGGUGCUUGGAGCAACUCGCCUGGCUGGUGGGGGUGGUGGGAGCUACUCACCUUGCCGGUGGGGAUGCUAGGAGCAACUCGCCUGGCCGGUGGGGGUGCUGGGAGCAACUCGCCUGGCCGGUGGGGGUGCUUGGAACAACUCGCCUGGCUGGUGGGGGUGCUGGGAGCAACUCGCAUGGCUGGUGGGGGUGCUGGGAGCAACUCGCCUGGCUGGAGCAACUCGCCUGGCCGGUGGGGGUGCUGGGAGCAACUCGCCUGGCCGGUGGGGGUGCUUGGAACAACUCGCCUGGCUGGUGGGGGUGCUGGGAGCAACUCGCAUGGCUGGUGGGGGUGCUGGGAGCAACUCGCCUGGCUGGUGGGGGUGCUGGGAGCAACUCGCCUGGCGGGUGCGGGUGCUGGGAGCAACUCGUCUGGCUGGUGGGGGUGCUGGGAGCAACUCGCCUGGCUGGUGGGGGUGCUGGGAGCAACUCGACUGGCUGGUGGGGGUGCUGGGAGCAACUCAACUGGCUGGUGGGGGUGCUGGGAGCAACUCGCCUGGCGGGUGCGGGUGCUGGGAGCAACUCGUCUGGCUGGUGGGGGUGCUGGGAGCAACUCAACUGGCUGGUGGGGGUGCUGGGAGCAACUCGCCUGGCUGGUGGGAGUGCUGGGAGCAACUCACCUGGCUGGUGGGGGUGCUGGGAGCAACUCACCUGGCUGGUGGGGGUGCUGGGAGCAACUCAACUGGCUGGUGGGGGUUCUGGGAGCAACUCGCCUGGCUGGUGGGGGCGCUGGGAGCAACUCGCCUGGCUGGUGGGAGUGCUGGGAGCAACUCACCUGGCUGGUGGGGGUGCUGAGAGCAACUCACCUGGCAGGUGGGGGUGCUGGGAGCAACUCAACUGGCUGGUGGGGGUGCUGGGAGCAACUCAACUGGCUGGUGGGGGUGCUGGGAGCAACUCGCCUGGCUGGUGGGGGUGCUGGGAGCAACUCGCCAGUCUGGUGGGGGUGUUGGGAGCAACUCGCCUGGCUGGUGGGAGUGCUGGGAGCAACUCACCUGGCUGGUGGGGGUGCUGGGAGCAACUCACUUGGCUGAUGGGGGUGCUGGGAGCAACUCACCUGGCUGGUGGGGGUGCUGGGAGCAACUCACCUGGCUGGUGGGGGUGCUCGGAGCAACUCGCCUGGCUGGUGGGGGUGCUGGGAGCAACUCAACUGGCUGGUGGGGGUGCUGGGAGCAACUCAACUGGCUGGUGGGGGUGCUGGGAGCAACUCGCCUGGCUGGUGGGGAUGCUAGGAGCAACUCACCCGGCUGGUGGGGGUGCUGAGAGCAACUCACAUGGCUGGUGGGGGUGCUCGGAGCAACUCGCCUGGCUGGUGGGGGUGCUUGGAGCAACUCGCCUGGCUGGUGGGAAUGCUCGGAGCAACUCACCUGGCUGGUGGGGGUGCUGGGAGCAACUCGCCUGGCUUGUGGGGAUGCUAGGAGCAACUCACCCGGCUGGUGGGGGUGCUGAGAGCAACUCACCUGGCAGGUGGGGGUGCUCGGAGCAACUCGCCUGGCUGGUGGGGGUGCUGGGAGCAACUCGCCUGGCUGGUGGGAAUGCUAGGAGCAACUCACCUGGCUGGUGGGAGUGCUGGGAGCAACUCACAUGGCCGGUGGGGGUGCUGGGAGCAACUCGCCUGGCUGGUGUGGGUGCUGGGAGCAACUCACCUGGCUGGUGGGGGUGCUGGGAGCAACUCACCUUGCCGGUGGGGAUGCUAGGAGCAACUCGCCUGGCUGGUGGGGGUGCUGGGAGCAACUCGCGUGGCUGGUGGGGGUGCUGGGAGCAACUCAAAUGGCAGGUGGGGGUGCUGGGAGCAACUCGCCUGGCUGGUGGAGGUGCUGGGAGCAACUCGCCUGGCGGGUGCGGGUGCUGGGAGCAACUCGUCUGGCUGGUGGGGGUGCUGGGAGCAACUCGCCUGGCUGGUGGGGGUGCUGGGAGCAACUCGACUGGCUGGUGGGGGUGCUGGGAGCAACUCAACUGCCUGGUGGGGGUGCUGGGAGCAACUCGCCUGGCUGGUGGGGGUGCUGGGAGCAACUCAACUGGCUGGUGGGGGCGCUGGGAGCAACUCGUCUGGCUGGUGGGAGUGCUGGGAGCAACUCGCCUGGCUGGUGGGGGUGCUGGGAGCGACUUGCCUGGCUGGUGGGGGCGCUGGGAGCAACUCGUCUGGCUGGUGGGGGUGCUGGGAGCAACUCACCUGGCUGGUGGGGGUGCUGGGAGCAACUCGCCUGGCUGGUGGGGGUGCUGGGAGCAACUCACCUGGCUGGUGGGGGUGCUGGGAGCAACUCACCUGGCUGGUGGGAGUGCUGGGAGCAACUCACCUGGCUGGUGGGGGUGCUGGGAGCAACUCACCUGGCUGGUGGGGGUGCUGGGAGCAACUCAACUGGCUGGUGGGGGUGCUGGGAGCAACUCGCCUCGCUGGUGGGGGUGCUGGGAGCAACUCGCCUGUCUGGUGGGGGUGUUGGGAGCAACUCGACUGGCUGGUGGGAGUGCUGGGAGCAACUCAACUGGCUGGUGGGGGUGCUGGGAGCAACUCACCUGCCUGGUGGGGGUGCUGGGAGCAACUCACUUGGCUGAUGGGGGUGCUGGGAGCAACUCACCUGGCUGGUGGGGGUGCUGGGAGCAACUCACCUGGCUGGUGGGGGUGCUGGGAGCAACUCGCCUGGCUGUUGGGGAUGCUAGGAGCAACUCACCCGGCUGGUGGGGGUGCGGAGAGCAACUCACCUGGCUGGUGCGGGUGCUCGGAGCAACUCGCCUGGCUGAGCAACUCACCUGGCUGGUGGGGGUGCUGGGAGCAACUCACAUGGCCGGUGGGGGUGCUGGGAGCAACUCGCCUGGCUGGUGGGGGUGCUGGGAGCAACUCGCCUGGCCGGUGGGGGUGCUUGGAACAACUCGCCUGGCUGGUGGGGGUGCUGGGAGCAACUCGCCUGGCUGGUGGGGGUGCUGGGAGCAACUCGCCUGGCCGGUGGGGAUGCUUGGAACAACUCGCCUGGCUGGUGGGGGUGCUGGGAGCAACUCGCCUGGCUGGUGGGGGUGCUUGGAGCAACUCGCCUGGCUGGUGCGGGUGCUGGGAGCAACUUGCAUGGCUGGUGGGGGUGCUGGGAGCAACUCGCAGGGCUGGUGGGGGUGCUGGGAGCAACUCGCCUGGCGGGUGCGGGUGCUGGGAGCAACUCGUCUGGCUGGUGGUGGUGCUGGGAGCAACUCACCUGGCUGGUGGGGGUGCUGGGAGCAACUCGACUCGCUGGUGGGGGUGCUGGAAGCAACUCAACUGGCUGGUGGGGGUGCUGGGAGCAACUCAACUGGCUGGUGGGGGUGCUGGGAGCAACUCGCGUGGCUGGUGGGAGUGCUGGGAGCAACUCACCUGGCUGGUGGGGGUGCUGGGAGCAACUCGCCUGGCUGGUGGGGGCGCUGGGAGCAACUCGCCUGGCUGGUGGGAGUGCUGGGAGCAACUCACCUGGCUGGUGGGGGUGCUGAGAGCAACUCACCUGGCUGGUGGGGGUGCUGGGAGCAACUCGCCUGGCUGGUGGGGGUGCUGGGAGCAACUCAACUGGCUGGUGGGGGUGCUGGGAGCAACUCGCCUGGCUGGUGGGGGUGCUGGGAGCAACUCGCCUGUCUGGUGGGGGUGUUGGGAGCAACUCGCCUGGCUGGUGGGAGUGCUGGGAGCGACUCACCUGGCUGGUGGGGGUGCUGGGAGCAACUCACUUGGCUGAUGGGGGUGCUGGGAGCAACUCACCUGGCUGGUGGGGGUGCUGGGAGCAACUCACCUGGCUGGUGGGGGUGCUCGGAGCAACUCGCAUGGCUGGUGGGGGUGCUGGGAGCAACUCAACUGGCUGGUGGGGGUGCUGGGAGCAACUCAACUGGCUGGUGGGGGUGCUGGGAGCAACUCGCCUGGCUGGUGGGGGUGCUGGGAGCAACUCGCCUGUCUGGUGGGGGUGUUUGGAGCAACUCGCCUGGCUGGUGGGAGUGCUGGGAGAAACUCACCUGGCUGGUGGGGGUGCUGGGAGCAACUCACUUGGCUGAUGGGGGUGCUGGGAGCAACUCACCUGGCUGGUGGGGGUGCUGGGAGCAACUCACCUGGCUGGUGGGGGUGCUCGGAGCAACUCACCUGGCUGGUGGGAGUGCUGGGAGCAACUCGCCUGGCUGGUGGGGAUGCUAG